GCUUCGAACGUUCCAGUUACAUACCACUAACGAAAGUAAACCACUAUUUGUUCAAGUUCAAGAAUUAAGGUCUAGCCCAAGAACACCCAGCCCAAACGUCGCGUUCAUUGAAGCGCAUCGAACAGUUCACCCACUUUCUAUUUACUCCGACAAAAGGCACACCUCAGAACACACCGUUAGAAUAUUGUGCAAUUGUUAUAAAAGCAGUGUAUGGCCAAAUACGUAUCAUCAGUUCGGUAGCUUUAACCACAGGUGCAUCUUCAGGUAGUCGAAAUGUUUAAACUUUUUGCAAUGGUUUGCCUCGUUGCGUUUGUGCAUGGUGCACACAUAAAGCAGCAGACGAGUUAUGAAACGGUGGUGAAGCACGAACCCCAGUACAUAAGCCAUCAGCUCGAGGAAGUCGAUGCGGGUAAGGAGUCGAUCGAGGAGUCGCAGGAUUAUUACGCCUAUCCGAAGUAUCAGUUCGAGUAUGGUGUCAAGGAUCCGGUGACGGGUGAUCACAAGAGCCAGUGGGAAAUGCGGGACGGUGACAUCGUGAAGGGAUCGUACACGUUGGAUGAACCGGACGGUACGCAGCGCAUCGUGGAGUACCGUGCCGACGAUCGGAACGGAUUCGAAGCGAUCGUGAAAAAGAUCGGAAAACCAAAGCAUCCGGAGGAGAUCAUAGGCAAGAAGCUGCCGGAGUCAAAGGGAACAGACGCCCACCAUGUCGUCGGGCAAAGCUACAGCAAACUGAAGAAGUACAGCUAGUUCAAGACCUAGACCCUUUGACUCGUGAUGGAGUCAUAAUGGAAUUUACAUAAAAAAUAAAUCCGUUCCGCGGAACGCUUUCAAAGACUGUGCACGAAGCGUUUCUAUUGGGUCGGGAGUUGCUGCGAAGGUAUUUUAGCUGGCUGUAGAAGAGGAACCAAGCA